AUGGCUGGUUUUGAUGCCGGUGCUGUGUAUCACUCCGAUAGUCUUUUCGCCCAGCCCGCAGAUCACGACAUAUUUGCCGAUUUUCAACAAGCCAAAAGGAAGUUUAAGGACUUUCUACGACAGUAUAAUGUUGGUGGACUGUCAUUUACAUACAGAGAUCAACUCAAGCAGAAUUGCACUCUUAAAAUUUAUAAUCUGGUAUUGAAGCUUCAAGACCUGAACAAUUUUGACAGUUAUUUGGCACAAAUGCUUAUCCAGCGUCCUACUGAUUACAUCGCUGUUUUUGAGGAGGCUACAACUGAAGUCGCAACAGAGAUCAUGAAAUCUUCUCUUUCUGCAAACGAAACCCUUCCGUCUAUACAGCUGCUUUUGGAGUGGGAGGCAACUCCCAUUAAUAUUAGAGAACUACAUUCUGAGCAAGUUUCGAAGCUGGUUAAAAUAAGCGGAAUAGUAGUGUCGGCUUCUAGCGUGAAAUCUAAAGCUAUUCGUCUUACCCUUCAAUGCCGUGGAUGUCGACAAUUCUUACCAAAUAUUCGUGUUCGACCGGGUUUUGAGGGUUAUAUGCUACCGAGGAAGUGUUCUUCUGUACAAGCUGGUGGUGUUACCGCUCCUUGUCCCAUAGAUCCCUACUUCAUCGUUCCUGAUAAGUGUCAAUGUGUUGAUUACCAGGUCUUGAAGCUACAGGAGUCUCCAGAUUCCGUUCCUCAAGGCGAAAUGCCCCGACACAUGCAACUCUACUGCGACAGAUAUUUGGUGGAACAAGUCGCUCCUGGUAACAGAAUUACUGUCGUUGGUAUCUAUUCCAUACAAGCAUCUGCACCUACUAAGGUUAAGACGAGCGUCCAUGAGCGCGUUAAUGUCGGCGUCCGUAUGUCUUACAUCCGCGUUCUCGGUCUCACUGUAAACACCGAGGGUCCAGGUCGCAGCGGAGUGUUUUCAGGCGGAAAACCGCUCAAUACCGUAACCAUUACUAGCACUGAGUUAGAGGAAGAGGAGAUGCGCAAACUGGCUAGCACUCCCAACAUCUACGAGCUCAUUGCUCGCAGCAUUGCGCCGUCCAUCUACGGCAGUCUUGAUAUAAAGAAGGCAAUCGCUUGUCUUCUCUUCGGCGGCUCUCGUAAGCGACUCCCUGAUGGCCUCUGUCGGCGUGGUGAUAUCAAUCUUCUCCUUCUGGGUGACCCAGGUACCGCGAAAUCACAGCUAUUGAAAUUUGUCGAAAGAUGUGCACCUGUUGGUGUCUACACGUCUGGUAAGGGCAGCUCUGCAGCCGGUCUCACUGCUUCAAUCGUUCGCGAUCCGACUUCCCACAAUUUUGUAAUGGAAGGUGGUGCAAUGGUACUAGCUGACGGUGGCGUAGUGUGCAUCGACGAAUUCGACAAGAUGCGCGAGGACGAUCGUGUGGCCAUCCAUGAAGCAAUGGAGCAGCAGACCAUCUCUAUUGCCAAGGCGGGUAUCACCACUUCACUCAACAGUCGUUGUUCCGUAUUUGCAGCUGCUAACAGCGUCUAUGGUCGUUGGGAUGACACCAAGGGUGAAAGCAAUAUCGACUUCAUGCCCACCAUUCUCUCACGUUUCGACAUGAUUUUUGUCGUUCGUGAUGAACAUGAUGCUGCUCGGGACAGCGUUCUGGCUCAUCAUGUUAUGCAGGUCCAUCUACACGGCAAUGAUGUGACAGGCAACAUGGAGUUUACGGAAGAUGGCUCAACGUCCGAUGAAAUACCCCUUUCGAAGUUGCGUCGUUUCAUCGCUUUUGCGCGUGAGCACUGCGGUCCCCGACUCUCGGCAGCAGCGGCCGAAAAGCUAGUCAAUCAGUAUGUUCUCAUGCGCUCGGGUGCAAGUCGUCUUGAGCAGCAGACGGGAAAGCGCGCUGCUAUCCCCAUCACUGUUCGUCAACUCGAGGCCAUAGUUAGAAUCUCCGAGGCGCUGGCAAAGAUGAGACUGGACCCUUUCGCCACGGAGUCGGAUGUGGACGAGGCGUUGCGUCUCUUCCAGGUCUCCACGCUGGAAGCUUUUAUGACAGGGAGUCUGGAGGGAGCUGAGGGCUUCACCAGUCAGGAAGAGCACGAACUCGUGCUGCGGGUGGAGAAGCAGUUGAAGAAGCGCUUCGUUAUUGGCUCGCAGGUCUCGGAGCACGCGAUUUUGCAGGACUUUACACGCCAGGGUUUCUCAGAGAGAACGGUGAUGAAAGUACUUCACUACAUGAUUCGUCGUGGAGAGAUUCAGUACAGAAUGCAGCGCAGAAUCCUCUAUAGAAUGAAGUAA